UGAGUAGCUUGACACUGGUGGCAGGAAUGGCGGCUAAGAUUACUAGAGGAAGGAACCAAAAGAAACUUUACUUCUAACGGCCCCACUGAGGAAUUUAUUUUCAACGACACGCAGAAACACCAUCCCUUAACGGAUUAAAGGGAUACGAAGUGCUAUAACGUGAGAAUAACGCGGUAGAUGUCCAUGCUAAGGAGGUGGACGCACUUUGCGACUUGCUAGUUAGCUUAACGUCAGUGACACUGACUUUGAUUCAAGGUAGCUGUUAGCUCGCUGUGCUACUAGCCAGCUGUUGGCUACUGGGCUUGGCUGGCCCAACAAGUUAACUAGCGUUAAGUGAUUAACUGUAUGAAAACAUUCCUUAUUUGACUAUUUGAGCGGUCAUCAGCUGUCGUUGUCAACAGAUAGUGUUAGGGUCUUAACAGAGCGUGGGAUUAGACGACAACAAGAACAUUAUUACUGCUGACCUAGCUGGUGCAGUAACGCCUGAAGUCUCGCCCAUUUUUUGGAUCCUGCCCCAGCCAUUGGCUUAGGGCUAAUCAACAGCCAAGUAGUCUGGUUUUCAGGGUCGAUUUGUACUACGAUGGAAAGUCUAACGCUGACUGAUGUCGAACAGAAAUAUUACUCGGAUUUGUUCGUCUACUGCGACACGGACAACACCAAAAAAGUGGCUUCCAAUGGGAGAGUUCUUGACCUUUUCCGGGCGGCCCAGCUACCCAGCGAAGUUGUCCUGCAGAUCACCGAGCUGUGUGGAGCCACUCGGCUGGGCCACUUUGGGCGGAGCCAGUUCUACAUCGCUCUGAAGCUCAUUGCCAUUGCCCAGUCCGGUCUGCCGCUGAGGGUGGAAAGCCUCAACUCAGUCAAAGACCUGCCGCUGCCCAGGUUCGUGGUGGGGAAGAAUGAGGCAGAGGCGAGGCACGCAGCGCUGUACCAGGACGCAGACGGUCAGGGGUUGUACCCAGCCUCUGCCGCCGCAGUAAUGCCCAGACCACCAGGCCGGGGUUUCCAAAACAAGAAAGCUCCCCCAUCGUCCACUUCACUUCCUGCCCACGAGGUCAUCCAGCCGCUGGCACCCAGCAUAGACCCACAGCCCGAACCGACGUCCCCCGUGGUCUCCCCUCACCAGUCUCCCCCCACCUCCCCUCCCUCGUGGAGGAAACACAAGCGGCAGCCCAGUGGAGGGAACGCAGACAGACAGCCGGUGGUGGUUCCAACUGGAGCUGUGUGGACGCAGUUCAGAGAACCACAAACAGGUCCAGUGCCCGGUGAAGGCAUGUGGCCGUCCCACUCGCCCCCGCCUCUGAGUCAGGAAAGCUGGGUCAGUUUCACAGCAGACACCCCGCCAUCCAGCGCGAUCCCAGGAAUGCAUCCCUCGUCAGUCCAGGAAAGCACAACAAUACGAACUGUGGCCUCAGCAGCAAUGACCAAUGAGAUCCAGCGACAGUCCAGCGGCUACGACGAUCCGUGGAAGAUCACGGACGAGCAGAGACAGUAUUAUAUUAACCAGUUCAAAACCAUCCAGUCAGACCUCACCGGCUUCAUACCUGGUUCAGCUGCAAAAGAGUUCUUCACAAAAUCCAAACUACCGAUUUUAGAGUUAUCACAUAUUUGGGAGCUGUCAGACUUCGAUAAAGACGGAGCGCUGACCCUGGACGAGUUCUGUGCCGCCUUCCAUCUGGUUGUGGCCAGGAAGAAUGGCUACGACCUCCCUGAGAAGCUGCCUGAGAGCCUGAUGCCAAAGCUGAUUGACCUGGAUGACUCAGCAGAGGUUCCUGAGCAGACUGCUGAUGUUGGAUACUCGGGCUCCCCGGUGGAGGUCACCCCCAGCAAGUCUCCCUCCAUGCCUUCCCUCAACCAGGCCUGGCCAGAGAUGAACCAGAGCAAUGAGCAGUGGGAGACGUUUAGCGAGCGCUCCUCCAGCUCACAAACUCUGACCCAAUUUGACUCUAACAUUGCACCAGCUGACCCUGACACGGCCAUCGUGCACCCAGUUCCCAUCCGGAUGACACCCAGUAAGAUCCACAUGCAGGAGAUGGAGCUGAAGAGAACUGGCAGCGACCACAACCACCCGACCAGUCCACUGCUGGCUAAACCUCCCGAACUGUCUGAAGAAGCCCAGUUACCUGCCUCCAUGAAGUUUGUAGCCGCCAACACUGUAGGUGAUGGUUACAGCAGUUCAGACUCCUUCACCUCAGACCAGGAGCCAAUCACAAGACAACGGUCUCAGUCGGGAACGUCUCCAGAGGCUCUGAAGGUGGUAGCGCCCCCUCCGCCUCCCCCCCCCCACCCCUCUCACUCUCGGUCCUCGUCUCUCGACAUGAACCGCACCUUCGCCGCCGCGUCUGCCCCAGGACAACCACAGUCCUCUACGAUAGCUUACCCGCCCGCUGUGCCCCCUCGACCGCUACCCACACAGACGUCAGCACCACACACCGGGCAUCGUGCGGAGGCAGAGGGUGCAUCAGGAGGCGGAGCGGCGCUCACCACCACCUCCCCCCAACAGAUUCCCCAGCAGCCCAAUUUCGCCGACUUCAGUCAGUUUCAGGCCUUCGCUGCAUCUGAACAGCCUUCCAGCCUGCCGGAGGUGGACAUGCACAGUGAGCCUGGACAGGUGGAGAAGUCCUCCGAGGGAGCCGGCCCUUUAAGAACAGUCAAGAGUGACGGCCAAGUAGACGAUCGAGUCUCAGCUACUGUCAACUCUGCCAAAGGUUCUGUGUCUGGUCCACUAGGGCCUCCUCCAAAACCCGUGCGCCGAAGGUUGAAAUCUGAAGACGAGCUACGACCGGAGGACGAGCAACACGGUCCACAGAAGUUAAACGUCAUAGCAGCUGUCCUGGCGACUCAGCCGUCCAUUCCCAGGUCAGUAGGAAAGGACAAAAAGGCGAUCCAAGCUUCAAUCAGAAGAAACAAAGAGACAAACACAGUGUUGGCACGACUUAACAGUGAACUGCAGCAACAGCUGAAGGACCUUCUUGAAGAGAGGAUAUCCCUGGAAGUCCAGCUGGAGCAGCUCAGACCUUUCUCUCAUCUUUAACCAACGUGAAGAGGAAAACUCAGCUGUAGUCCAUCUGAAGCAAAGCUGUGGCCCUCGGCGUGACUCUCCCUCCAUCCCUCCCUCCUCCUCCCACCAUCUCGGCUUUCCCUGGAGCCUCCGACCUGCUGCAGGGCGCUACGUUAAUACUCUACUGCUCAACUAACACGUGUAUUAAUCAUAAACCGGAAGGACAUGAGAGCAAAGUCUUGCCAAGAGGAGGAGGUGACAGGAGCAUGUGGGGGAGGAGAGGGGAAGGGGGGGGAAAUUUUACAAACUGGCACUUUUCAAAUUUCUCUACAGAGAGGUGAACGCGAGGACAACAGCGGACUGAGAAACUGUUAGGAGUGACGGACAAGACGCUCCAACUGCGAGUGCCGUCUGAAGACAAACUGCUGGUGUCUGAUGACUCUCUGAAUGACUGAAGUAGGAAGGCGGAGUGUGUUUGUCGUGUGUGUGUGUGUGACCGUUUGUGUAUUUGUGUUUCUGUUUAGUGACUUGAAGCUAGCAACAAUAUGUUUAUUCUGUCUUGGGGUGCUCUGUCGCACAAAACUCCUAAAUUAAUAGAAGCAGUUUAGUAUUUUUUUCGGUGGGAAAUGCGCUUCUUCGCUUUCUUUUUUAGAGUUGGAUGAGAAGAUCCAUAUCAAUCUCAUGUGUGUUAAGUACAGAGAUGGAGGCCGCGAUUAGUUUAGCUUAGCUCGGCAUAAAGACUGGUAGCAGGGGGAAACAGCUAUCCUGGCUCUGUCCAAAGUUCAAUACUACACCUACCAUCACCUCUAAAAUGAAUAUGUAAAAACAGAGCAGUAAAAAUGACAAUUUGUAAUUUUGGGCAGAGUUAAAUGCUGAAACUGCUGGAAAUGAAGGAAAGCGUAUAAGUGUAUUUCCAAAAAAGUUGAACUGUUCCUUGGUCUUCUCACUUAUUGGCGUACCUACUUCUCUACUGCUGAUAAUACCUAGUCAAAACUAGGCAAUAAUUGUGGAAAACAGGACUCUAAAAGCAUUUCUGCUUUAAAUAUCAUCAAAGGCCGUCUCUCUCCUGAACAUUUGCCUCCUGAAUGUCACCAUUUUCAAACAAUCUGUUAAAAAAUGAAUCACAGAGACAUGCUGCAACACGCUUUAGAGGCUUUGAAAACAUGAAAACUUGUACACCAGGAAUCUGCCAGUAAGCAAGGAAUGUAAAAUUGACUUUUUUUUUUUUUUACUGGAGUUUUGGUGUGGUCAGUCUCUCCAUAAAACAUACUGGGCUACUUCUGGACAGGAUUUUUUUGUGUAUGUUUUUGUGAGGCCUUUAAUGGCCAAAUCAUUAUGGUGAAGGCUUUUUUCUUUUUUUUUUUUUUUUUUUUUUUUUUACUCAUCUUGUGACACAAAUUUAGCCCACCUCUCUCUCUCUCUCUCUCGUCUUACUGCCCCUUGAAGUCUACAUAUGUGAGUGUUGAUGGCAUGAUGCGGUGAAUGAAUGUCUUGUUUUUUUUCUUUUGUUACACAGCGUUUGGGGUUUGAUGUGACUGAAUGGUUUAACUUGAUGCCAAAUGACUGAACUAUCACUCUGCUCUUUCACCAACCACCUGGGCUUUGUUUUAAAAAAAAAAAAAAAAAAAAAA